GCCCGGAAGGAAGAAACCUCUUAUGAAAACGGUGGUGGACCCCCACCGGCGCCGGCCCCACCGCCACAUUUCACGCGUCCAACCUGUCCCCUCACUAACCCACCAACCCAAUUCACUAACUAUGCCUUUUCUCUUCUCUUCUCUUCUCUUCACCUCUCUCAAAAAGUUUCUCUCUCUGAUUUCUAUAUGAAUCCCCUCUUUUCUCUUCUCUCCACUUGACCCAUCCUUCUCUCUCAGUCAAAUUCUUCUUCAAUCCCACUGUUUUGUACUCGUCUUUUCUUUUUCUUCGCUUUUACCUCCAUUUCUCUUCUGGGGUUUGCUUCGAUUUCUCUGUUUUCUUCUCCAAUGGCUUCUCUCCCUCUCCCCCUUCUCUUUCUCCUUCUGGGUUUCUCUUUCUCGCCUGUAAUUUCUACUAAUUCUGAAGGAAAUGCUUUGCAUGCUCUGAGGAGAAGGCUGUCUGAUCCCACCAAUGUGCUGCAGAGUUGGGACCCUACUCUGGUUAAUCCUUGCACUUGGUUUCAUGUUACCUGUGAUUCUGAUAGCCAUGUGAUCCGCUUGGAUUUGGGAAAUUCAAACAUUUCUGGGACUUUGGGGCCUGAACUUGGCGAGCUCCGGCAUCUUCAAUAUCUGGAGCUCUACAGGAAUGGGAUAACGGGCGAAAUCCCUACAGAGCUCGGUAAUUUAAAAAACCUUGUAAGCAUGGAUUUGUAUGAGAACAAAUUUGAAGGAAAAAUCCCGAAAUCUUUUGCCAAACUCGAGUCGCUCAGAUUUCUACGGAUGAACAACAACAAGUUGACAGGAUCGAUCCCGAGGGAACUCGCAUCACUCUCUAAACUCAAAAUUUUUGAUGUCUCAAACAAUGAGCUCUGUGGAACAAUUCCAGUUGAUGGCCCCUUUUCUACUUUCUCAAUGGAAAGUUAUGAAAACAACAGGCUAAGUGGCCCCGAGUUGCAAGGACUUGUACCAUAUGACUUUGGAUGCUGAACCUCUCUAGCUCGUCGUUGGUCUCGAAACAACAUGGCUUGGACGGUAAUAGGUUCGAGUAAAAUUUAUUAUCCUUGUGACAAUUACAUUGCGCGUGUUGGAAAAUAUAGGAACCAAAAUAAAUAAUGUAUUAGCUUCAAUUCUCAGCAAGAACGAGAACGAGAACGAACGAGAAUUAGUUCUAUAGUCGCCCAACUUCGGUAUUUCUUUUUCCAUGUAAUAGUUCAAAUUCAUCUCAAACUAAACAAGAAAUUUAACAACAAUUUCAAGGGA